GUGAAGAGACAGCAGGCAGGUUGUUUCUGUCUUCUGUCAAUCAGUUCGGCAGUUCCGUGAGUCUAGUGUUACAAAUAGUCAUCGGAUGUGUGAAAUAGUGUUGACAAUUUGUAAAUCACGACAAAUGGAGGAAAGAUAGGCUUAUUUAUUUGUGAAAUGGCAUUAGUCAUGGAUAAAGUGAAUACGGGAAUGUCUGGAAUACAGCACUUUCCUGUAGAACGUUUAGUGCGCGUUGGUUAUUAUGAACUUGAUAAAACUAUUGGAAAGGGCAAUUUUGCUAUUGUCAAGCUCGCCACACACAUUGUUACAAAAACAAAGGUGGCGAUCAAGAUAAUAGACAAGACGAAACUAGACGAAGAUAACCUGAAGAAAAUAUUUAGAGAAAUUCAAAUUCUUACACAGCUCAGGCAUCCUAAUAUUAUAAGACUGUAUCAGGUUAUGGAAACCGAAAAGAUGAUAUAUUUAGUAACAGAAUACGCUAGUAAAGGUGAAAUUUUUGAUCAUUUAGUAAAUAAUGGACGAAUAAGUGAGAAGGAAGCAUGUCGCAUCUUCCAUCAGAUUGUGUGCGCAGUCAACUACUGUCACAGUCGAAAAAUUGUACAUAGAGAUUUAAAGGCUGAGAAUUUGUUAUUGGACGAAAACAUGAAUAUUAAAUUAGCUGUUAUUUAUUUACUUUUACUUAGAAGCCUAGGUGUAGUUUUGUACGUCCUCGUCUGUGGUGCCUUGCCCUUUGAUGGUUUGACCUUACACUGCCUUCGGAAAAGAGUCAUGACCGGCAUGUUCCGUAUACCAUUUUUUAUGAGUGCAGAUUGUGAAGAUUUAAUCCGACACAUGCUGCUAGUUAAUCCUGAAAGACGGCUGAAAAUGGAACAAAUUUUAGCCCAUAAAUGGAUGAAACAGUUCGAUAAUGACCUCCUACUAGAAGAUACCUCGUUAGCAGUUCCUGCCGAGACCGGAGCGGUUAAUAAUGCUGUUGUAGAUCACAUGCUUCAGCUGCCGGGCUUGGAUAGGGAUAUGAUUUGCAAGUCGGUGUUGAAGAACAGCUUUGACCAUUUGAGCGCCAUCUACCACCUGCUGGAGGACAAGAUGGAGAAGAGCCUGCGCAGAGAGCAGUGCGAAGCGAUGGGUCUGAUGUCGACGACAGCUGUAUUACCCAACAGCAACAGCAGUUUGCCGGGCUUGGAUAGGGAUAUGAUUUGCAAGUCGGUGUUGAAGAACAGCUUUGACCAUUUGAGCGCCAUCUACCACCUGCUGGAGGACAAGAUGGAGAAGAGCCUGCGCAGAGAGCAGUGCGAAGCGAUGGGUCUGAUGUCGACGACAGCUGUAUUACCCAACAGCAACAGCAGUCCACAGCUGCAGCAGCUGCAGCAGCCUCAGCAGACCAGGAGAGCCAGCAUCACUACUGGUAUAGUGGAGCGUGUCAACAGUGAUGCUGAUUCAUCUUCUCAACUGCUGAUGACAAUGCCGACCAUUGCAGCAAUGCACCUCAUGCAAGAUGCCCAUCAUCUCGAAAAGUUUGGUGAUGCCGAUGUUGAAAUGCCUGAAAGGACUCCGACAAGACCAGACGGAGGAGUUACACCUGAUAAGUACCAUGUCACCGCUAGAAGGCAUACGGUUGGUCCGGGAGACUCAACUCACGAACAGGUGUUGGAGGCGCAUUACAUGAAACAAGGCGAUCAGCCGUUGAACAUCUUUCCGAACACAAAUCUGCCACAGAACAUUCCACUGGUCCAGUACCAGCCCCCCCACAACUUCACCAUCAAGGAUCAGCAUCUGCUGAAACCGCCUCCUGUAUUGGGCGCAGUUGGUGGUUUUGGACGGAGAGCAUCAGACGGUGGUGCGAAUCUACAAAGCUAUUGCCAAAGGGCUGUCAGUCAGCCAGGAAGCCAAGAGGAACUACAGCUGUUGCAGCCGGGUAGUCCUGCUCUGGCUCAGCGAUCUCAGCCCAUCAGUGGCACUGACCAAGAGUCAGCAUCGCCAACCAUUGAUCUCACACACGGCCAAAUGGACGAGAUGCAAUCCGAAGAUGUUAAUAGGUAUAUGCAAGGUAGGGGUAGCACGAAACGACACACACUGGCGCUGGCCAACUCGGAAGAGGCGCAGAGGAUAGCCAACCAACAGCAAGCCAAUGCCUGCCAACAGUCCGGCAACCAGCAGCGAACGAGGCGAAGUGGUCUCCUCACUGUCAUGGAGCGGCCUCCCGUGAUUAGUCCCGAGCUGAUCCUGGAGGUGGAGAACCGGAUGAACCGUCAGUACAAGCCGUCGUUGGCCGUCUACGGUCAACCGUCGGUGCGGCCCAGGAAGCCCAACUCGCUCCGCAAACCGCUCGCUUCGCAUCUGCCUACCGUUCAGGAACAACACAAGUAUAUAGGUAAUUCGAGAGGAGGAGAGUCGUUGAAAGACAGUCCAGUUCUGCAUUUGCCAGGUGAAAGGUUCAGUCCUGUGAGGAGAGCUUCAGAAGGUUCAACAGUGCAAUGUAUGAAUUCUGCCGAAACAUCCUUACGAGCUCUCCAGUUAGAACACCAGCAAUUGCAGAAAAACAGCAACUUGUUGAAUGACAGCCAAAUAUUAGCCGAUCUCCAAUCGAAGCACUUCCUGGACAUGCAGCAGAUGAGGGGGAGUCCGUCACUGGGCAGUCCGUCCCCCUCUCCUCCCCACCAGUCCAUCAGUGGUUGCGUCUCUCCUCUAACUCCAGCUGGUUCGCCGAUCCACUACUCGGGUGGAGCAAGUCCCAGUAGGUUCGUGGUGGAUGGCAGUGGAGGGGGAAGUGUGACGUCAUCCUCUGGCAGCAGUGCACUCUCACAGCAUUUGCAGCGGCUGCAGCUGCAGACUGACUACUAUCCGCCUUCCAACGCUGUCACCCAGGGCUCUAUAAUCCAAGGCACAGCGUACAGUGGCAGCAAUGGCAACUGCAUGCCCUUGGACCUGAGGAUGCAGCAGCCACUCCACCAUUCCAGUCCAUCGCCUCCGCUCACUAUGAUACAAGAAGAAGUUUGGCCUGGCGAGCCGCACACAGUGAAAACGCAAACAGGCACGCCGGCGAUCUCAGUGACCGACGAGCUGGGUGACCAGCGGAUUCUGGCGGACUCGUGCGACGCAUGCGCAAUGCAGCACUCGUGCAGCGAGGAGGACAUCCCGGCGCUGUUGAACUCUGAACAUCUGCAGAAGACGGUGAGCGGCUCAUUCGAGGUGGCUCUGUCCGAGUUCUGCUCGCACCUCGCCACACCCGACAUCCUCGGCCUCGUCGAGAAGGCUGUCACCGCCACCCUGCCUCCCACCUGCCUGCACUCGGUGGGCAACGACAACACCCUGGCGCUCGAGUAUCCCUGCGGACUGCAGGUAGAACUGCAAGUGCUGUCGCACAACACACAGCUGAAGAUGCGUCGUAUCUCGGGCGACCAAGGCCAGUACAGCGCGCUCUGCCAUCAGCUGGUCGCCUGCAUGUCCAGCUAAUACAGGCUCAAGCGCAUGCGCACUCACGACUGACCGUUGCACACCCAGAGACGAGUAGGAUGAGCUGUAGAGGAGGAAGCUAAUAGAGAUAGGUAGGAGAAGAGAAGAAUGCUCGAUGACCUUGAGAUAUGCAUUAGCUAGGCACUUGCCGCAUUGCAGGAGGAAGUGGCGGUAUAAGAGGAAGCUCCUAGAGAUACGCAGCGAAAGAGGAGAAUGUUUCAUGAGCUGUGACCUUGAGAUAUGCAUUAUCUAAGGCACUUGUCACAUUGCAGAAGGAAGCUUGAUAAAAUAUUAUCGCUGCUAUGCUCCGCUGUGGCGAAGGAGUUUCAAACAUUGGACGGGGAUCUCCCAGCUUAAUCACACUCUCCAGCAGCUUUUGAGAUCGGUACAGAUUUGAGGGGUGUACAAAAAAUAGAACGAACAGCUCUUAUUCAGGAGGCAGACUGUUCUGUCUCCUUUGAGAUCAAUCAGACCUUGGGCUGUAACCCCAACUCACAGUUCAUCCUAUUUAUCCCAUAGUACACUCUUCGUAUCUAAAAUGUCAUAUCGUUUGAUGAAUUGUUGCUGUUCUUGUUUGUCUUGUUGUUCUGCUUGGGGUGUCAAUGAUGCCUUGAGUUGGACUCAACUUAGAUACUAAUUUCUAUCAAUUUUAACCCCAUAAUGACGACAUACACUUAUGUGGAAAAUAUUAAAUGUAUUCACUGGUUGUAGUUUAUGUUUCCUACAUAAAUUACUAGAAUUCGUGAUUAUAGAGUUAAAAUUGAUGGAACAUUGCACUUUGCAAUGAAUGGAGAAAUUCAAUAUUAAUUUUUACUUAGUCAACUUUCACUAUCCAUUCCUUAUAUCUUUGCAGUAUAUUAUUGCAAGGUAAUUUUCCAUAUAGCUGUGUAUAAUAUGGACCCAUUGACCCAAUCAAUGUUCCUUUAUUUGUUUUAAUCAAAAAAAUAUAUAUUAUAUUUACCAAUACUUUUUGAGUUGAUGCAAGAUUAGAAUCAUUGAUGUUGUCUAUUUUGAAAAAGUGAUAGAGAUAUUAUGCGACUGGGUUCAAGUUACUGUGUUAUUAUUUACUCAUUCAGCAAAAUGUAUUGUUGUUGAUCCAAUCACUUUUAUUAUAAUUAUUAUAUUAUAUUAUUAUUGUAUAUUGUUGUUGUUAAAUAACAGUAAGUGAUACUGUAUCUCUUUUCUCAGUGUAGAAGCUAUACUAUUUGAAGCACAAACACUCUUACUAAUUACAAUUCUUGAUAUUAAAUAUUAUUGAUGUUAUUAACGUUAUUAAUUUUAUAUCGCUUUAUACUUUAGUUACGUAUUGUUCUAUAUUGAUACUAUUAUACAAAUAUUGUUUGGAAAUUGUAAAUCAAUGAAAUUUGUUUAUUUCACUUAUUUUAAUGUUUGUGUUCAUGACGUUAUCAUUAUUUCAUCUUCGUUGUUUCUUUUUAUUUUGUUGAUAUUUGAGAAUUUUAUUCAAACUCAAUCGAUUCCAAAUUUUAUUCGUUUGAUAAGUUUUGAAUUUACCUUGAAAAUUCUUAUUUUUUUCAUCUAAACGUUUCCUAUCUGGAAGUUAUUUCCUUCUAAAUCCAUUAAAAAUGUAUUAUUAUGAUGUUUUGGUUAUUGUCUUGUGCAAGCUCUUCCAUUUCUUAUUAAUGCGUUGAAUAAUUAAGUUUAUAGACUAGGAGAUACUGGUCCAUAGCUGCUGUAUUCUAAUACAGGACCCUUAAUUAUUAUUUGGUUACAAUUUGUUUUAUUUUUAAACAUACUGGAUAACGUCAAGCGUAUGUUUUUUGGAAACUAAUAGAAUUCUAUAUUUUAAUUGUAUAAUAGGUCUUUUUAAUCUUUAUCAUUCCUAAAAAAAAUCUACUUAAUUUAAAUAGUGCUUAUAGACCUCACAUAAGAAACUGUAAGGCUGAAUGUCCGGUAUUCAUAAUAUAUAAAAUAGCUUCUGCUGUCUGCCGGAAGAUAGCUUUCUGUCGGUUUUAAAGAAUUUCUCCCAUACCAUCAUGUAAUUUGAUGUUGGAAUAUUCCUUUCUCCUUGGUACAAUCAAUGUUUUUAAAUGUAUAUAAACUACAGUAUAUUCCUUAUGAUAAAAGUGCAAUUUCAAAAUAAAUUUAUAUAUCGGCUCCUGCCAAUACCAUCAGUGCUUUGCUUCGAACGAACACAUUUCCUUUUUACAAUUUUUUGCGUAAUGUUCAGCUAUAAAUGAUUUCCGAAUUUAGUACAUACGAUCUAUACCAAAUUUCAACUGAGUGUAAAAUCAUUAAGUUUUCUGUGAUUGAAUUAAAUAGAUAAUUGAAUCGUAGCAUAUUACAUAACUUUAAUAGGCAAUCAUUAUGAAUGAUUUGCUGAAUUAAUUUUAAAUAUUUCAUGUUGAAAAAUGAAUGCGUUGUUUAAGUUUUCAAUUAUUUGUUUGUGGACUUUGUGUAUAGUCUAUUAUUAAAGAUACUCAAAUAUAAUUUUUUAUCUCAAUCAUUAUUGAUUAGUGUGUUUUAUGUCUAAAAUGUUUUAAAAUUUGUUUUCAAAAGUAUACAAUAAUUAGUUAUGAAAUUUUUUAUAGUUGUACGGAGUGUCAAAGGAAGAAUCUGUUAUACUGUAGCUGCUUAUCCUUUUUAUGAAAACAUAUUCAUUUCGAAGUUUGGAGAAUUACAGAAAUUAUUAAAUAAUUACAGUAACGUACUUUAUUCCUUCCUGUAGGUACUUCUUAUAAUUACUUCGGUGGUACAGUACAAUUUUCUUAUGAAGGAGACGUGCACCUAAAUCAGUAGAUCUUGUCUAUCACAUUUUUAAUUGAUUUUUCUCGACUAAUUUUUUUAUUCUUCCAUCAUCCUGUCUCUGAAAAUUUGCAGAACCUUAUCAUAAAUUAGAAAAUCUUUAAAAUUAAUUGAUUAUUGAAAAUGGUUCAUGAUAAUUGAUAAAUAUGUUCAUGAUAGGAAUAAGUUUGUACGGUAGACCUUGUGCAGAUUCCUCUUGAAAAAUACUUCAUUCCUUUCUCGCGUGUUCAUCAAUACUGACUCGAAUCUAGUUUUCAAAUUCAAAGUUUUCAGUAUUCGAUGUUAGUUAUCCUAUUUUUGUUAACCUUCAAAUCUCUGUGAUUAUUGUAAAUAUGAAAAUUAGUGAAUUGUAAAUAAAUGUGAUAUCUAAAUAUUGUAUAUACUGUACUUGUAUUGAAUAGUUCGUUCUUGGAAAUAAUAUGAGAUUAUAGAACAUCGAAAUAAUA